AUGAAUGCAAAUCUGAAUGCACAAGCCACUCGCUUGGAAAAACAAGAACAAAAAUUACAGUCCUUCACUGAACAGAUUGCUGAUCAAGAGUACGGUGACUUUGAUGAUUAUAAUGACUAUGAGUGCCAAGACCAAUAUGAUGAUGAUGCAUGUAUGUCUGAACAAGCAUCCAUUCUUUCAAGUGCUAAGAAAACUCCUGGGGGAGGCAUAUUUAGUUCAUUAGUGAACAAAUUCCAGCAGGAAGAUGCCGUUGAUAGUGAAGUCAAUGAUGACCUGGCACAUUUUGUCAACAUGUCUUUUAGAAGUGGUUUGACGGAAGAUAAACUGUCAGAUAUAGUGAAGGACAUACACAGGCCACAGAAUUGUGAGGCGUUGGUUAAAACCAGAGUCAACCAGGGAAUCUGGAGACUACUGAAAAUGCAUACACAGGCCGACGACAACCGAAUGCAGGUAAUCCAAGAUUUGAUCAUCAAAGCCACAUCCAACCUUGUCAAGCUUAUUGACAAGAAUGCUGACUCUUUAGACCCUUGUGAUAUGGACUGGAGUUCAAACUCUAUUGCGUUGCUUGGACAGGCAAAUAAGUUGAUAAAUAUUCGCCGUCAAGAACUCCAUAAGUCGGAUCUAGAUCCGAAGUACCAUUAUUUGGCUUCAGCAUCUCUCCCAUUCACUGAUCACUUAUAUGGUGACGAUACAGACGUCAACAAGAAUGUGAAGGAGAUCAAUGACCUGAACAAGAUUGGUCGUAAUCUUGGUAGAGGAUUCCCUCGGGGCAACUAUCGUGGCUAUGCUAGCAGACGCCCUCAUCCUUAUUACCGACGAGGGUUCCGUGGUAGAGGUCGUGGUCGGCCAGACAUAUCGGCAGCUUCAAAAAAUGUCAGGAUGGCGCCCAAGAAGUAGAGCAGUCUGAUUGGUCGUCUGGUGCAGAAGGUACUGCUAGACGAAGCAGAGAUGGUCCUGGUGGCGCCUGUUUGGGUAACUCAGAACUGGUACACAGCAGUUUUAGAAAUGUUAAUAGACAUCCCACUAAUCAUCAAAGUA